UUAUAUUAAAUUCGAACCUAUCGUUAAUGGAUGGGGCCAUAAUUUGUCAUCCCUACGACCAAUCCAAACAAAACCUUUCAACCUCGGCAUCAUUAGAGCAUUGAAUAAAUCCUUGGAGAAUAACUAAUCACAAUCAAUUCCAGGUGCAAAGCAACUAAUAAACAGUACCAUCUCUCACUGACAAAUUUCAAAAGACAGCCAGGAUUUUCUCUCUCUAAUCGGCGCCAUGGCCGAGACCUGCAACUCUCGAACCUUCUCUUGGCUCGUGAAGUCCUGCCUCCCCGACCCCCGCCGCGAGAUCGCCAGAUCACCGCCGGAAAACCAGCACUUCCGGCCGUCCUCUUCCGUCGCCGCCGCCGCCGCGUCCCCCAUCUCUUCUCCCGACGAUCUCCUUCUGGAGUGUUUGUCUAGGGUUCCGCUCUCCUCUCUCCCUUCUCUUCCCCUCGUCUGCCGCCGCUUUUCCCUCCUCCUUGAUUCCCCCGCCUUCCUCGAACUCCGCCGCUCCCACGGCCGCCUCCGCCGCACCCUCCAUGCAGUCUCCUUCUCCAACCUCGGCCUCCUAGUAUCCGCCUCCCUCCCCGUCGACGAGCCCGCCGCUGCAGCCUGGGAGCCCUCCGCCUCCCUCCCCCUCCCCCCUCAGAUUCUCGACGGAUCCUUCUCCUACGCUCGACUUGCCGCUGUCGGCCGCUCGAUCUACGUCAUUGGUCACGGCGCGACCCUCCGGUACGACACGUGGACGGGCGCGAUCACCUCCCGCGCACCGACCCUCUUCCCCCGCAAGAAGUUCGCCACCGCCGCGAUCUGCGGCAAGAUCUACGUCGCCGGUGGCUCCGCCCGGACUUCCGCAGUGGAGGAGUACGAUCCGGCCGCCGACUUGUGGCGGGUGGUGGCGGAGGCCCCUAGGCGGCGGUACGGGUGCGUUGGCGCCGCCGCCGAUGGCGUGUUCUACGUCCUCGGGGGGCUUAGGGUCGGCGGCCGGGAGGCGGCCGGGAGCCUGGAUCCGCACGUGUGCGCGGGGUCGAUGGACGCGUACCACGUGGGGGUGGGGGCGUUGGUGAGGGGGCGGGAGGCGGCGACGGUGCCGGGCGGCGGGUGCGUGGUGGGGGCGUGCGGAGUGGGAGCGCACGUGUAUGUGCUGGCGAGCCACGCGGUGGAGGUGUCGUUCUGGCGGUGGGAGGCGGGGCGGGGACGGAGGGGCGGAGAGUGGACGCGUCUCGAGCCACCGCCGGUGACGGGCCGGGCCCGGUUGGGCGGGACUGUCCGGUUCAGCUGCGCCACCGUGGGGGAGGACAAGGUGGUGGCGCUGGCCCACGUCUCCUCCGCCAGCGGCGCGGUGGAGGGGGCGGUGCUGGUCUACAACAUCGUCGGCGGCGAGUGGACCCGCGGUCUGGGCAUCCCGCGGGGCCUCCGCCGCGCCGCGUUCGCUUGCGUCGAGGGCUAGACGGCGCACACUCCAAGGCAUCGGUAACCGGCCGGUAGAAUGCGAGGACGGACCGGUCGCUCGAUUCCGGAAGGUGCCAUCGAGGGAUUCGAGCGCGUCGAGACGUGAUACGUGGAGGAUUCUGGUUGGUGAAUGUGCUUGCGGUUCUCGUAGUGAGGUGUCGGGCUAUGCCUCGUGUCCGGGGAGAGUGGUACGGGUAUGCCUUUCUCCGCCUCGGAUCGAGAUGGGGAUAUCACGACCGUAGAUUAUGACCGUAGAUCGAGGUGACGAUUCUGAUUGUGGAUCUUGCGACCGGGGUUGUUGAUUUGAUUUAUUUUCAGAAAUUGCCUCUUUUGGAGUAGUUUAGAAGUUUAAUGAAAUUCGCAACAAUAAAAUUCAUAUUAAAACACAUUCUCAAACUCGAAAUUGAAAAAUGGCAAGUGUAAGUGGGCGACACUGAUGUCGGUUUUUCUUCUAGUAAAAAGAAAGCUUUAGAA